AUGGGAGGAAUGCAGGGGGCACCUCCCCUCGGAGCGGGCGGCAGCGGGCGCGUUCCUGGCCGCCCUCGCGGGCGCCAACGAGCCGCCGCCGGGUGCCUUCGCGGGGCGCGGCAUCGUCAUGAGCGGUGGGCCUGGCCACGUGCUGCAGGCGGUUUCCAACCUGCAAGUGCUGCGCCAGCUGCACAAGUCCGAGCUCCCGGUCGAGUUCUGGCACGCGUUCGAGCUCAACGACGCCCACUGCGAGCUGCUGAGCCAGGUGGGCGCGACGUGUCGCACCCUGCAGUCGCCUGGAGUGUACCCCCAGUGGCAGACGACGCUGCCCGCCAUCAUGUCGUCCGCGUUCCGCGAGGUGCUGUGGAUGGACACGGACGUCACCCCCAUUCGGGGGUGGACAGACCUCCUUCCCUGACGCAGGAGUUCCGCCGGGAGGGGGCGCUGUUCUGGCCGGACCUGUGGGGCAUGGAGUGCCCAGACUGGGGCCAGACGGCGUGGGCGGGCCACGUCGCCUGGCACCUGCUGGGCAUGCGGCACGACGCCUCCGACGUGCACUGCACCCAGGAGCACGAGGCCGGGCACCUCCUGAUCGACAGGGAGCGCCACUGGAGGCCCCUGUGCCUGGCCAACUACCUCGCCUCCCGCGACUUCUUCACGCGGGUGCUGUGGGGCUACAAGGACGUGUUCCGCCUGGCGUGGCUGAAGCUCGGGGCCUCCAGCUGGUACUCCCCCGUGCGCCCCGGGCUGGUCGGCGUGGUGACCGACGACGGGCGCUUCUUCGGCACCAUCCUGGCGCACUUCUGGCCGGCGGGGGGGGCCUUCGGCGAGGGCGCCCCCGGGCGCCCCGUGCCCCUGUACCUGCACCAGAAGAAGGUGCCCGGCAGGAUGUGGCACGACAUCGUGACCUUCGACGUCCCCCUGGGUGGUUGCCCGGACUACCGGGGCGGGAAGCCCUUCUACGCCGAGGAGCACGGGGCGAGGCUGUGGAGCAUCCAGGAGACGGACGCCGCCCUGGCGGAGCAGCUCGCGCUCCUUGACGCCGCUUGGGACCUGUUCUUCAGCAGCGCCCUGAGGGCGUUCGAGCAGGACCCGCGCAUGUCUGAGGCAGACGUCGCCCGCCUCCACAGGAAGAGGUCCAGGCAGGCAAACUCGGAGUGGAGCCAGGAGGUCAGGGCCUGCAGGUGCGACUACCGCAACAACCGCUGGUUCGCCCUCAUCACCGCGACUGCCGCCACCUCCUCGGACAACAUGGAGGUCAUGACCGAGGAGGACUGCCGCAGCGUCGCGGGCCUCGAGGGCCCCCAGGCCGUGCCGCCCGCGGAAGACUGCGCGGUGGGCCACCUGACCCUGGCGCUCGGCUGCUCGCAGUCCUUCCUCGCCAGGGGCCUGCUGCCGGAGGCGCGCCGGGCGGCGGCUGCCGUGGCGCGACUGCUGCCAGAGGUGUCCCCGUGCCUCCCGCACUCCUUCUGGCCCCUGGAGGCCGGGGAGCUGGAGGCCUUCGUGCGGCGGUCCACCGCGCAUCCCACGCCGGCGGCCCCCGACCUGGCCUACGGGGGCUCCCGCGAGCUGCCACUGCAGAUGCUCUCCAGGUUCCCGCUGGCGUACCAGCGGUGCGUCUCGUGCCAGACGUGA